AUGUUGUCAAAAGAAAUUUUAAAUGAAGUUCGACAUUCCAGCUACUGGGAAAGGCCGUACACGCAGUGGACGAUAAACACAUGGGACAAUUUUUAUUUCAUAAAUUAUCCCAAUAAGCUGAAAGUGUCGUCACAUCGCGAUUUAGGUAAAGAAUUGAAAGUGUUGGUAGAGCUAUUAGGGCCUGAGACGAAAGAAGGGAAGAAAGCGUUAGCACUAAAGCGUCAACUGAAGGGAAGAAGAGCGUCCAGACAUAGAGCUUCUAAAUCUGGAAAGGAGGAUGAAAAGGAAAACCAAGAUAUCACUUCUACUAAGAGGAAAGCUAUUGAGAAAGUUAAACCAAAAAAGAAACACAAGACUAUUGAAAAGGAUGAAAGAGAGGAAAGACUACCUAAAGAAGAUCCUGGGGAAGUUAUGUAA